AAUCCAAAAUGCAUCAAAACAGAAAGCAUUCAGUUCACAUACCCUCUCAUUCUCACACACUCCCUCACCCUUUUACACAAGGAAGAAAAAUGAAGGCAUCGCACAUUGCCUUGUGCACCAUGAUGGUGUUGCUUCUUGCUGAAGUUCAAGUUUCAAUGGCAGUAACAUGCAGCCCUGUACAACUGAGUCCUUGUGUGAGUGCAAUCACCACUUCAAACCCUCCAUCAAGUCUAUGCUGCUCUAAGAUCAGGGAACAGAAGCCCUGCCUCUGCCAAUAUGUUAGGAACCCUAAUCUCAAGAAGUUUGUUGACUCUCCUAAUGCAAGGAGAGUUGCCAGCACUUGUGGAACUCCAUUCCCAAGGUGCUGAAGUGUUUAGACCUUGAAAGAGGUUCAUAUUUCUCUGCCUGCAUGCAGUGUGCAUCUUUGAUGCUUCAUGUUUGUGGUUAGAGAGUUAAGGGGUAAAAUACAAGUAGUGUGUUAUUUGGUGUGAUUGGUCUAUCAUCAUCUAUGUAUGGUUUUAUUAGUAGAGAGUGAAAGCACUAGUAGUAAUGGAUGUGAUGCUGUGGUUUCAUGUCAUGUUCCUUUGGUGUGUUCUUAUCUUUACAUUAGUGGUUUCAAAAAAGAUAUGUAUUUAUAUUUUGAAGCAGUCUCAGAUCAUGUUUACUUUG